UAAAAGUUAUCGUCACGAAGAACCAAGUCUCAAAUACAAAGUUCGAGUUUUAAAACAGUAGCUAUUGAAAAAAAAACAGCGUAGUUGUGUAAAAUUGACAAGUGGUUUCAUAAUUUAUUUUUUGUUUUUUUUUUAAUAUUCAAGUUGUUAUCGUCAUAUUUACUAGUAAACAUAAUGUCCGAUGUGUAAAUAAUACAUAUAUAUACAUGUCUAUAAAUAUAUAUAUAUAUAGAACAGAUAACUAAUUCCUAAACAGUAGACCGCUAAAUUUGUCCAUUAAAAUAUACACAUGUGCCGCGAGUGUUCGCAGAGAAUAAUUUAUAUUAUCAAUUUAUUUAUUUAAAAUUCUUUACUUCAAUCAUUUUUUUUUUUUUUUUGUAAAACGUAUUUUUAAAAUUUUAAUAAAUUGACAAUUUAGUUAAUUAAUUUACCGAACUCAAUACUUAUAAAUAUUUUUAAAACUUAAACAUUUCCAUUAUCUAUACACUUGAAAUAAAAUUCGAUAAUACUACAGGUGAUAAAGUACAUGAGUACACAAUGAACACUUAGUGAUAAUUCGAAAACUGUUGAAGUCUGUUAAUACAUAUCACGAGAACUAUUUUAUUUAAAAUAACUUGUGUAAACUAUUUUUAAGAGUUGUUAUUUAAAUGUAAUGGAGUUACUCGGUAUUGAAUUUGCACCAGUUCGAGUGCCAUUAGAAAGAAGACUGCAAACACUUGCUGCUGCUGCAUGGAUUUUUGUUCUUGCUUUUGGUGGUUUUAUUGGCUGGCUAACGACUAUUUAUUUAAUUUUUUUUACUGAAUGGUUAAGAUAUUUAGUUAUUAUUUAUUUAGCAUGGUUAUAUUAUGACAAAGACACGUGUAAUAAAGGUGGACGUGCAAGACGAUGGACUUUACCUUUAAGAAAUUGUGGGUGGUGGCAUUAUUACCGUGAUUAUUUUCCAGUGAAACUUUAUAAGACUGUGGAUCUUGAUCCGUCAAGAAAUUAUUUAUUUUGUUCAUAUCCUCAUGGUAUGUUGGCAUCCGGCGCUUUUGCGGCAUUUGCAACAGAUGUUUUAGAUUUUAAAAAACUAUUUCCUGGUCUGGAGCCUAAAAUGCUCACACUUAAUCAACAUUUUAUGGCACCAUUUUUUAGAGAAUUUGCGUAUUGCUGCGGAGCUUGUGGUUCAAGUGCUGAAAGUAUCGAAUAUUUAUUGAAUUAUAAGAAAAAAGAUUCUGAAGAUUUAAAUAAAGCCGUUGUAUUAAUGAUUGGGGGAGCUGUUGAAGCUUUAAAUUGUAAACCAUCAACUUAUCGUAUUAUUUAUAACAAAAGAAAAGGUUUUAUUAGGAUGGCUUUUAAAACAGGCGCGCCAUUGGUACCCGUCUUUUCAUUUGGAGAAACAGAUAUAUAUGAUCAGUUCCAUGCUAAAGAAAAUUCAUUGCUACAUAAAUUUCAAGAGAUUGUAAGAAAAUAUACUGGACUAGUUCCUGUAUAUAUUAAAGGUCGUGGAUUAUUUCAAUAUACAUUUGGUAUUGUACCUAAUAGAAGACCGAUCUCAGUUGUUGUAGGAGCACCUCUAGAGGUUCCAAAAAUUACUGAGCCAACUCGUCAAGAAAUAGAUAAAUACCAUGGCCUAUUUAAAGAACAUUUGCUGGAUUUUUUUGAAACACAAAAAUACAAGUAUUUAAAGAAUGCUAAAGAUACGAGUUUGGUUAUAGAAUAAUCGUUUUUUUUUAUAUUUGUAAUAUAUUUGAAUAAAAUUUUAUUAUAUAAUCAUUGA